AUGAAGAACUCAGUAUUCGGAAAGACUAUGGAGAAUCUGCGAAAGAGAGUAGGUGUCAGACUUGUUUCGGAUCAAAAUAAAUUAGCUAAAUUAGUAUCCAAACCAACAUUCAUCGGCAGCAAAAUCUUUAAUGAAAAUCUGGUUGCAGUACCUAAAAUAAAAGAAGUAUUGACACUUGAUAGGUCUGCUUAUGUUGCGAUGUGUAUAUUGGAUUUAUUCAAGAGGGCAAUGUAUGAUUUCCAUUAUAAUUAUAUCAAGCUUAAAUAUGGAGAAAAAGCCAAAUUAUUGUUUACAGAUACUGAUAGCUUAUGUUAUGAAAUAGAAAGUAAGGAUGCCUAUAAAGACGUCCGGGUAGGUUAAGAAGAAUAUGUUCGAUAAUAGCGACUUCCCAAAAGAUAGCCCGUAUCAUGAUGCUAAGAAUAAGAAAGUAAUCGGAAAGUUUAAAGAUGAGGCUGCUGGCGUGCCUAUUGUUGAAUUUGAGGGCCUGAGAUCUAAGAUGUAUUUACCUGUCAAAGAUAAUGGCAAAAAUGAAAAGACAGCAAAAGGUGUUAAAAAAUAUGUGAUCACAAAGAAUAUCAAACAUGAGAACUAUAAAGAU